GUGGAUUGAAAAAGAGGGAAGCACAGAGGUGGGGGAGGAGGGUCUCGUUGGUGUUCCCGUCUGGGUUGAAAGAAACUUUGAAUCCAAGGUGGGGGGAAGAAGAUUUUUGGAGGAGGGAGGGAGACACAGAUUCUGAAACCCAAUUCCAAAUCAAAUCCCCAUUCACAUUCUUGAGAUUCAUCUUUCUCCUUCAAUUUCCAGAUUCAAAUCCUCCAAUUCUCCUCCCCGCCACAUUCUUCCCCUUAUCCGGCCAUCUUCUCCGGCUGUUCCUCCCAAUGUCACCGUGCUUCAACUGAAAAUUCCAGGCCUGAGCAUUUCGACAUUUCUGGAUCUUGACCAUGGGUAAUUGCUGUGCUACUCCUGGAACUCCUUCGGCUAAGCCUAAGACUAAGACUAAAGGCAAGCACAAGAAGAAAGGUAAUCGGUCUCCAACUGACGACAACAGGAAACAAGUGAAUGGUGCUGGUAACAAGCUUCGGGUUUUGAAAGAACCAACUGGUCAUGACAUUUCAGCUCACUAUGAUCUCGGUCGCGAGCUCGGUAGAGGUGAAUUUGGAGUAACGUAUUUAUGCACAGAUACUAAUACUGGUGAAAAGUUUGCCUGUAAAUCAAUAUCGAAGAAGAAACUUAGGACUGCUGUUGAUAUUGAGGAUGUGCGGAGGGAGGUUCAAAUUAUGAAGCAUUUGCCCAAGCAUCCGAAUAUUGUUACACUGAAGGACACUUAUGAGGAUGAUCAGGCAGUUCAUAUAGUGAUGGAACUGUGCGAGGGUGGGGAGUUGUUUGACCGAAUUGUUGCAAGGGGGCAUUACACAGAGCGUGCGGCAGCUGUUGUUAUGCGGACGAUUGUUGAAGUUGUUCAGGUUUGUCAUAAACAUGGAGUGAUGCAUCGUGAUCUCAAACCUGAGAAUUUUCUUUUUGCAAAUAAGAAGGAAUCAUCCCCAUUGAAGGCAAUUGAUUUUGGGCUGUCCAUCACUUUUAAACCAGGCGAACAAUUUAACGAAAUAGUAGGCAGUCCUUAUUACAUGGCCCCAGAGGUCCUGAAAAGGAAUUAUGGUCAAGAAGUAGACGUUUGGAGUGCCGGGGUUAUCCUCUAUAUCUUACUCUGUGGCAUCCCACCAUUUUGGGCAGAAACUGAACAGGGUGUAGCACAGGCAAUUAUUCGCUCGGUUAUUGACUUCAGAAGAGACCCAUGGCCUAGAAUCUCUGAUAAUGCAAAGGACCUCGUAAGGAAAAUGCUUAAUCCUGAUCCCAAGCGGCGCCUUACUGCUCAGGAAGUUCUAGACCACCCAUGGUUACAAAAUGCUAAGAAGGCCCCUAAUGUUCCACUAGGCGAGACGGUGAAAGCGAGACUCAAGCAAUUUUCUGUGAUGAACAAGCUGAAGAAACGAGCUCUGAGGGUGAUUGCUGAGCAUUUGUCAGUGGAGGAAGUAGCUGGCAUAAAGGAGGCAUUUGAUACGAUGGACGUUGAGAAGAAAGGGAAGAUACAUCUCGAGGAGCUACGAACUGGGUUGCAAAAGCUUGGACAUCAGAUUCCAGACUCAGAUCUUCAGAUACUUAUGGAAGCAGCUGGUGUUCAUGACGAUGGAACCCUGAACUACGGAGAGUUUGUUGCGAUUUCAAUCCACCUUAAAAGGAUGGCCAACGACGAGCAUCUACAUAAAGCUUUUUCAUUCUUUGAUCAAGAUCAGAGUGGUUACAUUGAGAUCGAAGAGCUUCGAGCUGUGCUAAAUGAUGAAGAAGAAACAAACAGCGAGGAUGUCAUCAUUGCCAUUAUGCAUGAUGUCGACACGGAUAAGGACGGACGCAUAAGCUAUGAAGAGUUUGCAGUCAUGAUGAAGGCGGGCACCGAUUGGAGAAAAGCGUCGAGACAAUAUUCACGGGAAAGAUUCAACAGCCUUAGCUUGAAGUUGUUCAGAGAAGGGUCAUUGAAACAUACUAGUUAAGGUAGAUGAAGAUGAACCGUCUGAAAGAUGAAAUGAAUCAAAUGAUAUUUGAAGAAUGCAAAAAU